AUGUCUUCAGUUGUUUCCGCUUUGAUCUUCGGACUUCUCGCAUCUACGAGCGGUGCUAUGAGCAUUCGAAAUGACAAGCUCUCUGUUCGUCAAGCAUCAGCAUAUUCAUACCUCGGUUGCUACACCGAGGGUACUGGUGUUCGAGCACUUGGCGCAGCAUCUGCGACCAAUUACACUACCAUGACAAUUGAAAUAUGUGCCUCCUUCUGCACGCCUACUUACACUCUGUUCGGAUUGGAAUUUGGAGGAGAGUGCUGGUGUGCGGACGUUCUUGGAAAUGGAGCAGUCGCAGCUCCUGCUACGGAGUGCAACUUUGCUUGUGAUGGAAACGCAACCGAGACUUGCGGAGCAAGUGAUAGAUUGAGUAUCUAUACUACUGCUGGAGCAGCACCCACACCUCCAGCCCAUGUCCUUACCGCUGGUGCAUACAGCAGAAUUGGCUGUUACACGGAAGGGAACGGUACCCGAGCUUUGUCGGGAGCCACCGAAGUCGACUAUUCCACCACUGGUAUGACGGUUGAGAAGUGCGCUGCAUUUUGCACAACUCAUGCUUCGGCGUUGAUGGGCGUCGAGUAUGGCGGGGAGUGCUAUUGCGGGGGUGAGGCUGCAUUUGAUGCCAGCGGUUCACUUGCAGCUCCCGAUGCUGACUGCAACAUGCUCUGCAACGGCAGCCCAAGCGAAUUUUGUGGCGCUGGGGACCGUCUGGAUACUUAUCGCAGCAACAGCACUCUGGCGAGGUCAAGUCGUUGA